UUCUCCAUUAAGUAUUUUCAAAUUGGUGAUCUAUGAUUUUUCUUUCUCCUAGUGUCGGUUGCACAUCAAAAGCCCAAAUGACUUUGAGUGGCUGAAGCAGUGCCGUUUCUACUUCAGUGAGGACUCAGACAAGAUGAUCAUAAACAUCACAGAUGUGGGCUUUGUUUACCAGAAUGAGUUCUUGGGCUGCACAGAAAGGCUUGUCAUUACGCCUCUGACUGACAGAUGUUACAUCACCCUAGCCCAGGCUCUUGGUAUGAGUAUGGGUGGAGCCCCUGCAGGUCCUGCAGGCACAGGAAAGACUGAGACCGUGAAGGACAUGGGUCGCUGUCUGGGAAAAUAUGUUGUGGUUUUCAACUGUUCUGACCAAAUGGACUUCAGAGGCUUAGGAAGAAUAUUCAAAGGUCUGGCUCAGUCUGGCKCUUGGGGAUGCUUUGAUGAGUUCAAUCGCAUUGACCUCCCCGUUCUGUCGGUAGCCGCUCAGCAGAUUGCAAUAGUUCUGACCUGCAAGAAGGAGCGUCGAAAAAACUUUAUCUUCACUGAUCGAGACAGUGUUGACAUGAAUCCUGAGUUUGGCAUUUUCCUCACGAUGAAUCCAGGYUAUGCAGGUCGCCAGGAGCUUCCUGAAAACCUGAAGAUCAACUUCCGCUCUGUAGCCAUGAUGGUUCCUGAUCGCCAGAUCAUUAUUAGAGUGAAACUGGCCAGUUGUGGGUUCAUAGACAACAUAGAGCUGGCUUGCAAGUUCUUUACUCUUUACAAGCUGUGUGAGGAGCAGCUCUCUAAACAGGUUCACUAUGAUUUUGGGCUGCGGAACAUUYUGUCAGUUCUGCGAACGCUUGGAGCUGCCAAGCGAGCCAACCCCAAUGAUACCGAAUCCACCAUUGUCAUGAGGGUUCUGAAGGACAUGAACCUUUCUAAACUGAUUGAUGAGGAUGAGGAACUCUUCCAGAGCUUGAUUGAGGACCUUUUCCCAGGAAUACAACUCGAUAAAGUAGGCUACCCGGAGCUUGAGGCUGCCAUUGACAAACAGGUUGAAGCUGCUGGUCUGAUCAGCCACCCUCCCUGGAAGCUAAAGAUCAUCCAGCUGUUUGAGACUCAGAGGGUACGGCAUGGUAUGAUGGUCCUGGGGCCUAGUGGGGCUGGAAAGACUGCUUGUAUACAUUCAUUGAUGAGAGCCAUGACAGAGUGUGGUCAACCCCAUAGAGAAAUGCGAAUGAACCCUAAAGCCAUCACUGCGCCGCAGAUGUUUGGUCGACUUGAUGUGGCCACAAACGACUGGACUGAUGGCAUCUUCUCUACACUUUGGAGAAAAACACUGAAAGCAAAGAAAGGAGAGCACAUCUGGAUUGUCCUGGAUGGACCUGUUGAUGCCAUUUGGAUUGAAAACUUAAACUCAGUUUUGGAUGACAACCGAACUCUUACUCUGGCAAAUGGAGAUCGCAUACCAAUGGCUCCAAACUGUAAAGUCGUUUUUGAGCCACACAACAUUGAUAACGCCUCACCUGCUACUGUGUCUCGCAACGGAAUGGUGUUUAUGAGCUCCUCUGUUCUCAGCUGGAGCCCCAUCCUGGAGGGCUGGUUGAAAAAACGUUCACCUCAGGAGGCARAGACGCUGAGGCAGCUCUUCUCGUCCUCCUUCCCUGACAUAUACCGUUUCAGUGUGCAGUCAUUAGAGUUCAAGAUGGACGUGUUGGAAGCGUUUGUCAUCAUGCAGUGUAUAAACAUGCUCCAGGGACUCAUUCCACCAAAGGAGCAUUGUGGUGAGUUAUCUGGGAAGCACCUGGAGCGACUGUAYGUUUUUGCUCUGAUGUGGAGCACUGGAGCCUUACUCGAGCUGGAGGACCGCAGGAAGCUCGAUUGCUGGCUCAGAGGAAAUGACAGUAUUUGUCUGGAUCUGCCAGACAUUGCUCCUGACAGCGAGGACACCAUGUUUGACUACCAUGUCACAGCAGAGGGUGAUGAUGCAUUUAUUUAAGAGAGGUCAAAGAAAAAA